AUGCAUGACUAUAUCAUAGUAGGAGGUGGCCUUUCGGGUUGUGUUCUCGCUAGUCGCAUUCGGGAGUACGAUGAACACUCCACGAUUCUUCUCAUAGAAGCUGGGAAAGAUACUCGUGGGCGGCCUGAGGUGCAAGACAUGCAGGUCUUGAACUUGGGGGGUGAAUUAGACUGGCAGUACGAGUCAGAGCCUGUUGCUGGUCUUGGUGGUCGACGGGUCACCCUCAACGCUGGGAAAGGCUUGGGCGGCGGUUCAGCAAUCAAUUCAGGUGGAUGGACUCGUGGUGCCUCAGUUGACUACGACGAAUGGGCAUCUCUUGUUGGCGAUGAUCGAUAUAGUUACAAAGGCCAACUGCCGUGGUUCAAGAAAUCCGAACGAUGGUUCGACGAUAAUGACCCCGUCCAGCAUGGUCAAGAUGGACCAAUGCGUAUCAACUGUGCAAAGGCUUCGAACCGUAUAUUCCCUCUCACUGAGCAGGCUGCUGCUGGCUGGGAAGAUCUCGGCAUUUGUACGCUUCCCAAUGGCGAUCAGAACACUGGAGACAACCUCGGUCGUGCCUAUAUCUGCGAGGCCAGAACUGAUGGCAAACGUGAAUGGUCCGCAGAGCAAUACUCUUUGGAGGGUGUCGAGAUUCGUCUUGAAGCGUCUGUUCAAAGAGUUAUCGUACAGGAAUCUAAUGGGAAGCUCAAAGCCACGGGUGUCGAGUUGGCAGAUGGUAGCGUUGUCGCUGGCAAGAACAUUAUACUGUCUGCCGGGGCGUUCCGUUCACCUCAGCUCCUCCAACUCUCGGGCAUCGGCUCAAGGUCUCACCUUCAAGAGUUUGGCAUCGAACCAUUGGUCGACAUGCCAGAAGUUGGUCAAAACCUGGCUGACCAUAUGAUAUUCUUUCAGCACUGGCGGUUACGCGAUCCUUCUGCAGGAUACACGCUGGGGUCAACGAAUCCUCUCUUUCAACGGCCUCAAUAUGCCCAAGGAGUGCCUGUGGAUUGGAUCGUCAAUACAAGUGUUGCAAGUGAUGGACUUGCUAGAGCGAUUGCGAUAGAUGAGGGUGUUCAGCCUGAAGCGUCCAAGCAUUGUCUUCUUGCCAAGAAGAGAACGUUCCUAGAGAACAUCGUGAUGUUCGCGAAAGUGCCUUUCCCUGGGGUUCCUGUCGAUGCAGAGCACAUCACGAGCGCGUUGGUGACCUUACUGCCAACCUCCAGAGGCUCUGUAACAUUGAAGUCAGGAAAUCCUGAUGAUCAUCCGAAAGUCAAUCUCAACUACUUAGCCACUGAGGUGGACAGACACGUCUUUCGCGAAGGACUGCGCCAGCUAGCAAGGUUCAUGCUCGAGUCUAAAUUCAGCGCGAAUAUCGUUGGCGAAUCGGUACCUGAAGGCCUUCCUGUUGAGCCUCUUAGUCUGGAUGACAAUAACGAAAGGCUUGACCAAAGACUAGCAAUGACCAGCGGUACAUCAUGGCAUCCAACCGGGACUUGCUCUAUGGGAAAGGUAGUCGACACGGAGUUUCGUGUUAGCGGGAUUGAAGGCCUUCGGGUUGUUGACGCGUCGGUUAUUCCUGUGCAGAUCAGUGCACACAUUCAAGCGCCUCUUUACGCGCUUUCGGAGCAGGCGGCGGCCAUCAUCACAGGAAAAGUAUAG